AUGGAGACCUCCAAGAAUAAUCUCUGCGACAUGCACCGCUCCCGCCGCCGCGCGCGCGUCCUCGCCACAGCCCUUCUCGCCGCCCUCCUCGCGGGCGCCGCGUUGCUCGCCGUGUACCUGACCUACCGCCCGGCGAAGCCGCAGGUCUCCGUGUCCCGGGCCGCCGUGUACCAGCUGGAGAGCGCCGGCAACUCCUCCUCCUCCUCCUCCGCGGCGGCGCCCUACGCGAUCGCGGCGAGGGUGCAGUUCACGCUGCUGCUGCACAACCCGAGCGACCGCGCCGCGGUGCUCUACGACGGCCUCCUCGCCUACGUGACGUACCGCGGGGAGCCGGUGGCGCCGCCCGCGGAGCUCCCCGCGGUCGUCCAGGAGCGCGGCGCCGACUUGGCGCUGACGCCGUCCUUCGGCGGCGCGGAAGCUGAGCCCGUGCCGGUGUCGGAGAUCACGGUACGCGCGCUGGCGGGCGACUGCGCGGCGCGCCGCGUGCUGCUCCGGCUCGUCAUCCUGGGCCGGGUCAGGUACCGGAGCGGGCUGUUCAGGACCGGGUGGCGCGACCUCUUCGUGCGCUGCGACGUCACCACCGGGGUCGGCGUGGACGCCGCCGGCGCCGGGGGCGUGCCGCUGAUCGAGUACCCCCAGUGUUUCGUGGACGCCUGA